CAGGUCUGCAGUGGCACCUCGCAAAGCAGCAAUUUGGAGUUGUCUUAAAGGCGCUUUUUCAUCAGAGUUCGAAAGAUGUCAGUCAUGGAGUGGACAAGUGUGUGCUUGUUGCUCAUCACAACUUUCACUGGAUUAUUCACUUCCAUUCACUCAAAUCAAGAUGGCUUCCUUAACAUCAACUGUGGUUCAAUUUACAACGUAACUGGCAAGAACCACCUUCACUGGAUUUCCGAUUCCCCAUUCAUUAAAACUCGCAACAUUUGGACGACGAGUUCAACAGAACCUCUUUUCGUGCAAUUCUGGACACUCGCCUAUUUUCCGAGUAGUCUGUCAGCGAAGAAAUAUUGCUACUUGCUCCCUAUGAAACCCCAUCAAAAUUACCUAGUAAGAGCAACUUUCAGUCCUGAUAACACACUUCCUUUGGCAACAUUCUUCGAUUUACUUAUCGAGGGAAUGAAGUGGACGAAUGUAGACUUAACUGGUAUAGACAAUGAGACCUUCAGGUAUUAUGAGAUCAUCUUGGCUGCCAAAAGCGAGAAUCUGAGUUUAUGCCUUGCGCGCAAUUCUAAAACAGAGCAAAAUCAUUCGGUUUUCAUUUCAACCAUUGAGCUGCGACCACUGGAAUCUUCAAUGUAUAGUUCGACGGAUUUCCAAAGGAAUGCAUUAGUUCUUGUAGGAGGUCGCCUAAAUUUUGGUGCAUCUUCUGCGUUGCUACGGUACCCAGACGAUCCAUUUGACCGCUUCUGGGCAUCGGCAGGAGCAGCUAAGAGCACAGUGAAUAUUACUGCUGAGGACGAGCAGACAAAUUCAUUAGGAAGGGGUUUAGUGAAUAAACCGCCCUUGAACGUAUCAAGGACAGCCAUUGCGAUGGAGAAAGCCGCCAAUAUGACUAUCUUAGACGAAUUUCCCGAUGUAUCUGUCCCAGGAAUAUACUCUUUCGUCCUUUAUUUCUGCAACAUCAACCAAACAAACCUCACACAGAGAUUUGCUGCCUUCAUUAACGAAAACCAAAUAUCAGACUACCUAGAGCUUAAAUUUUUACAAUGCAGGCAAGUAAAUAAAGAUCUAAAACUUAACCCUCCCGAUCCUAUAAACAUAAUUUUACAUCCCAGUCCUGAAUCGGAUUUGGGACCUUUCAUAAAUGCAGCAGAAAUCUAUAGGAAAUUCGACCUACAGACAACCACAUACUCCCGAGAUGUGGUUGCUGUCAGAAAAAUAGCAGAGGCAGUAAGUUUUCCAGACGAUUGGACAGGAGGAGAUCCAUGUUUGCCAGAUGAUUAUUCAUCAACAGGGAUAACCUGCAGCAAAGACGAUCCUCCGCGUGUCAUUAUCAUAAAUCUAACAGGCAUGCAUCUCAACGGUACCAUACCUACAAAUAUAGCGGACUUAACAGCACUAACACAGUUGCUUCUAGGAAAUAAUAAUUUGUCUGGUUAUAUUCCGGACCUCGGUUCAUUGAAGAAUCUUAGCAUACUGCAACUUCAAAACAAUCAGCUUACUGGAGAAAUUCCAAGAUCAUUGGAGAAGCUUCAAAUGUUAAAUCAACUAUUUCUGCAGGACAAUAAAUUUGAGGGAACCGUCUCAAAAGGAUUAGUGAGACCCAACUUGGACCUUCGCGUUGAUCCUCAAAAUAAUAUUCCGGCAGGCAGCCAAAAAAUUAAAGGAUGGUUGAUCGGACUUUUAAUUGGGUGUUCAGUUGUGUUAGCUUUAAUCAUUCUUUCUGGAGUUUUUCUAUGGAGGCACAAACACCACGCGCAACCAUUUCCGACCACAAAUGUUCCAACUCUAUCAAAGCAACACAUAUUUGCUGAUGAAAAAAUUCAAAAUGAUCAUCACAGGCUGGCUAUAGAAUACACAGAGGAGGAUAUUAAAACUUCUACCAAUAACUAUUCCACACUUAUCGGAAAGGGAAGCUUUGGAUCUGUAUUUUAUGGCAGGCUUUCAGGAUAUGAGGUUGCGGUCAAAAUACUUAAGACUGAAUCUAAUCAAGGCCUGCAAGAAUUUCAGAAUGAGGUAGCUAUACUGUCAAGACUAUAUCAUAAGAAUCUUGUAAAUCUUAUUGGAUAUUGUAGACAAUCCAUAAUGGCAUUGGUCUAUGAGUACAUGCCAUGUGGAACAUUGGCUGAUCAUCUAUACGGCAUAGCCAAAUUGAAAAAUCCGCUUGAUUGGCAUACGAGACUUAAUAUUGCUCAGCAGGCCGCGGAUGGUCUAUUCUAUCUGCAUCAGGGUUGCUAUCCUCCAAUAAUACACAGAGAUAUAAAGUGUAAUAAUAUACUGCUGGAUAGCAGAAAGUCUGCCAAGGUAGCCGACUUUGGCAUAUCAAAACUGCUAGAGAGUACACAUGGGUAUAUAUCAACCGAAGUGAAAGGGACCAUGGGUUAUCUUGAUCCUGAAUAUUUUGCAACAUCAACAUUAAAUGAGAAGACCGAUGUCUACAGUUUUGGAGUGGUUUUAUUGGAGAUUAUUUCUGGAGUAUCACCCAAGGAUGGAAUAGUACAAUCGGCACACAAUAUGCUUUUAUGUGGCAAACUUGCAGAGCUUAUGGAUUCUUCACUUGAUGGCCGAUAUAACCUAGAAUCAGCAUGGAAAGUUGCAGAGAUAGCAUACAUGUGCGUGGAAAAGGAGUCAACAAAUAGACCCAAAAUGAGUGCGGUGGUGAAAGAAUUGGAAGAAGCUGUGGCUCUUGCAUAUGGUGAUAACAGUUAUUCUGCUUCACAUACCGUUGCCUCUUUUAAAACUGGUGACAUGCCCAGACUUCGGUAGUCAGAUUUUAUAAUAACUCUUUUUAACCGAUUAUGGCUCAGUUGUAAUUAGUUGGGUUACACAUCUCUAGAGAUAGACUUACAGGAGUUUGUGCAAUCGCAGAUUGUUCUGUGAGAAGGAUGGAUAUUAUUUAAAAACUUUUAAUUUCCGUUUAUGUGAAACUGUCGACUGUAUUUUUAAAAAUUAUUGAAUAGCUGAAUGAUAUUUAGAGC